UAACAAGUAGAUUUCCUUGGUUUCCAGCACCGUUUUGCCAGUAUUGCCUUUUCCCCAGAUGACCGCGGAAUGCCUAAUCAUCCCUAAGUGGCUUUUAGCUGUUCCUGCAUGGCUUCAGCUUCGUCGAGGGAUUUGCUCCAUCCGAAGUACUCCUAAGAAGACUCCAACUGCAUGCAAAGGUGAAAAUGGCCAUGGAUGUUCCCCCCCGACGCAAAUCAGCCAGCAAUGUAACCCUCAGCUUCCCCGUCAUAUUCCUCCUUUCCACGAAUCUCCGGUCGAAAGAGCUCCAGGACCUAGAGGAGCAAAUACCCACUCUCACCUACGACAUCAAUGAGGCUGAGGUCGUCCUCGGAAAGGUGUUUCGCAAGGAGCGCGCACUCUUCGAGCUUAGGAAGCACAAGCUUAUCACGGAGGAAAUCGAUCCGCUAGAGCGUUCUCCAUCUGCGACUCCAGCGCCGAAACGUGUCAAGCUGACGGCCCCUUCGCUCGCCAGUUCUGAUAUAGACUCGGACACGGCAUCCGAAGGCGAGAUCCAGCGGCGCUUGAUAGGGAACCCCCUUGUCGAGCCGACUGUCAAGGUGGUGAAGCUUACAUGGUUUACUGACUCGGUAAAGGCCGGGGAAGUACUCCCGAUAGACGAUUAUGUUGUGUACGAAGGCCGCAAGAUGCUCAGAACACCGGUGAAGCCCCCGCGGUCUUUGCCUGCGGAGAAGGCAGCCGAGGUCUUGAAACGCGCUGUCGCCGAUGCAGGCAGUUCGCCCAGAAUCCCGCGGCCAAGGUCCUCACAUGGGAGAGCUGGCGAGACUUACAACAGCCACCCGGCGGUCAAACCCUCUCUGCUCAGACAGACAACUUCAGAGCAUGAAAUAGACACUCGGUUGCCGCCGAUCCCGGAUUAUCUUCACACUACGUAUUCUUGUCAACGCCCGACCCCCGUUCAUCCGCCAAACGAGGCCUUCAUAGAGGAGCUCACCAAGAUCAAGACAGCCAGGACGCUGAGCGGUGACAAGAUAGGGGUGCGCGCCUACUCCAGCGCAAUCGCCACCAUUGCUGCCUAUCCUUAUACGUUUCAGACUGCACAAGAAGUAGCCAGGCUCCCGGGAUGCGGCAAUAAGAUCGCCCUGCUCUUUCAGGAAUUCAGAGACACCGGCCAGAUCAAGGAGGCUCGAGAGGAUGAGGCCGACCCCAGGCUUGCCGUGCUCAAACUAUUCUACGAAAUCUGGGGCGUGGCCGAGACUACUGCGCGUGACUUCUACAACCGGGGCUGGCGCGACCUCGAUGACAUCGUCGAGUACGGCUGGGACACACUCUCGCGGGUGCAGCAGAUCGGCGUCAAAUACUACGACGAGUUCCAGAUCAAGAUCCCCCGCGCGGAAGUCGAGUCCAUCUCCAACAUAAUCCUAGCGCACGCCAACAAAAUCCACAGGGGCUUCCAGAUGGUCAUCGUCGGCGGCUAUCGGAGAGGCAAGAAGGAGAGCGGCGACGUUGACGUGGUCCUAAGCCACCCGGACGAGAAAGCCACGCAGAACUUUGUCGAGCGCAUCGUCGUCAGCCUGGAACGGGACAGGUACAUCACGCACACGCUCUCCCUCAGCACAACCAACUCGGAACGGGGCCAGGUGCCCGUCAGCUGGAAGGGCAACGAGAAGAAAGCCGGGACCGGAUUCGACACACUUGACAAGGCACUCGUGGUCUGGCAGGAACCCCGGUGGACGACGGGCGAGGCCAGGAAUCCCAACCCGCACCGCCGCGUGGAUAUCAUCAUCAGUCCCUGGAGGACAGCCGGGUGCGCUGUGCUCGGGUGGACGAGCGGGACCACAUUCCAGCGGGACCUGAGGAGGUACUGCAAGAAGGAGCUGUCGCUCAAGUUUGACAGCAGCGGGAUACGCAGCCGGAAGGACGGGUCGUGGGUCGACUUGGAGAGCGGGCCGGAUGGGAAGCCGGCGCCGGAUAUGCUGACUGCGGAACGGAGGGUGUUCGCUGGGCUGGGGCUGGAAUGGAGACCGCCAGAGGAACGGUGUACCGGCUGAAGGGGUUGUUUGGAUUGGAUACCUUAUGUACAUCUAAGGUAUGUUCCGAAUUGGAAAAUGGUUGUAUCCGACAUUUUGCACAGCACGUGCAUGGUAUCGAUGUGGCGACGAUGGCGUGAUCAUAGGCCGCAUAUCGCGAUCCUAACGGUUGGCUGUCAGCGCUGGCGAAUCGCAAGAGACAGGGGGCUGCGGCCCCGGAUCCUAAGGCUCGGGUGAGA